AAGAAAUUGGUUGUAUUUCCACAGCCUGUGACUCAGUUCAGCUCGUGGGUGAUCGUUCAGAAAUUCAGCAGAUCAAUAGGAAUUCAGAUAGGACGCCUAUCGGGCAGUCUGUGGAUCCAGAGGGCGGCUCACAUGAGCCGAGGCUGCAGCCGGACACAGACCGGACAGUGCGGCCAACAACAAGCCAGAAGCGGCAACAAGUUGCGUCUGAAAAAAUGCCAAACUUCCCAGACUCUCCCGGGCUGGGAAGGCGUGGAAUAUCAUGGAAGUAAAUGACUUACCUGGGCGUGUCGACGAAGCCGAAGCGAAUUUCGACACUCGCUCCUCUCCAGGUUAAUGCAACUCGGUGUGCCGAAGGUUUCAGCAGGAGGACCGAGGAAGACCAUGGAGCUCCUUCUGACAGGCUCUUACAUGAUCAUGAAUGCACCCUAAACCUCGCAAAGAUGCAACCAGCAAGUGCCCCAGCUCCACCACCUCCUCCACCUCCACCUCCUCCUCCUCCUCCACCCCCACCUCCUCCGCCCCCACCUCCGGCUCCUGGCUUCCCCCAGCGUGGAGGGGGCCUCCUGGGCUGGGGAGACCGCCGGCGGUCCCGGAUGCGCAACUUCAACUGGGAGACUCUACCCAAACACAGCGUGAUAGGAAAGCACAACAUCUGGACGGCGGAUAAGGCCGACGGGCAGUAUGAGCUGGACACCGUUCACAUGGAGGAGCUGUUUAGUCACAACCACGGUCAGCAGCCUCCGAAGGGCCCGAACCGCUCCAGCGUGAGGGGGCAGCUACCUACUGGCCCCGGAGGAGAGAUGGUUACCAUCCUCAGCUCCAAGAGGAGCAUGAACAUCGGAAUAUUCCUGAAGCAGUUCAAGCGGCCUGUGAAGGCUCUGGUUCAGGACAUUCAAUCGGGAAAUGGCCUCAGUUUUGGCUCGGGAAAACUGCGAGAGAUGAGCAAGUUGCUGCCAGACGAAGGGGAGAUGAAGCAGUUAGUCGGUUUUAAAGGCGACCCGUCGGCCCUCCCCGAAGCGGAUCUUUUUAUGCUGAUGCUGAUAAAGCUGCCCAGUUAUGAAGAACGUCUGAGCUGCUUGGUGCUGAAGGAGGAAUUCUUCGCCCUCAUGAAUGAAAUAAGAGAAUUCAUUGGAACUCUGACAGUGGCUGGAAAAGAGUUGUUGGAGUGUGAUAAUCUACAUUCCGUCAUUCGCUUGGUGCUGAAAACAGGAAAUUACAUGAAUGCUGGUGGCUACGCAGGCAGCGCAGUUGGCUUCCGUAUGUCAUCUCUUCUGAAGCUGGCGGAUACCAAAGCAAACAAACCUGGAAUGAACCUUAUGCAUUAUGUUGUGAUGCAAGCACAGAAGGUAGAUAUGGCGCUGCUUAACUUCCCUGAACAACUCAAACACAUUGAAGCUGCAUCAAGAAUAACCAAAGGUGACGUUGAAGCUGAGAUUGAAAGGCAGAAGAAGAAAGUACAAGUUGCCAAAGCAGACACCUUGAAACAAGAAGAACUGAAGGAGCAGAUGGAGGAUUUUCUAAAGAAAGCGGAUGUUUGUUUGAAGGAAAUAGAGACUGAAUUUGAAGAGCUGCAGGCUGUAAGUGACUCUGUGGCUGAGUACUUCUGUGAAGACAGCAAGACGUUCAGACUGGAGGAAUGUUGUUCCAUUUUUCACACGUUCUGCCAAAAGUUUAUCCGGGCUAUCCAGGAAAACAAGGCCAGAGAGAUGGUGGAGAUGAAACGCAAGCACCUCGAUAGACUGCAGAUCGCAGCCAAGCGCCGUUCCACCGCCACCUGUUCGAGUAGAGACAAGGAAAUGGAGGGCAUUGCAUUAGAGUACGUUCUGCAGAACGUCCUAACUAAUCGCAGCUCUAGGAGGAGACUGGGGAAGCCUUCAUCAAACAACGGAAGCCCCACCAGAGGGAGCCCAGUUAAUGGGAGCCUGUCAGAGAUCAGUUCUCAGACAAACCUUCCAACUGGACCUAGAAAUCACAGGAACCAUUUCAGGGCCAAAGAUAUGUUCCGAAAAGAGUGGAAUUCCGCAAUUGAACUCACGGAGAACUUUUCACAAAAGCAAGCACAGUCACACGUUGAGGACAAUAAUUCAAACACCGUGGCUCCCUAUGAAGAAAAGGCUGAAACGUCCGAAAAAGAGGAUUCUCAGGAUGUAUCGAGCCAACCUAACACAAUUCCCAUCCCUCUGCCCACAAUUAGGUCUUUCUCUGCCACCACUGAUGAGGACGAGGAGGAAGAUUUACAAGACAACAAUGAGGAAGAGGCCCAGAAGUUGCGCGAAGCCUCUAAAAAGGUUUUGGAGUACCAGAACAGCCGUGGAAGCGUCUCCUCCGUGGAUCAAGCUCUGGAAAACCAGAAAUCCCCUCCUGCCAGGAGGAUCUUGGCUCGUCAGCUCACCUUCGACGAGGAAACGCAACGGUACCCCGGAGACCCGACCAAUGAGGAUUUGAUCCGGGUUCUGCUCGGCCCUCAGUCCCCCACGAAACGCAGCCUCGGCCGCCGGCACACUCUUCCUACCAAAGUUUCUAAAGCUCAGGAAGAGAAAGAAAACCUGCAGACUCAGUUUACAGCUGUAGACCCUAAUCACGUGGCACACACCAAAGAAGCCCAGCCAGGACAGGAUCUUGGACACGCACCUUCAAAACCGGCGUUUGAUUUCGCUGACAUUUCUAACAAGAUAAAAAAAUCUCACAGUCUGGAUCAGACGUCUCCAACCGCGGAAAAGAAAAGCAAACCGGACGAUUCUUCAGUGCGGGUUUCGGAAGAGGGGCUUCAGGAAAAACAAGAACAAAAGUCGAUGGAGUGCACGGACAGCCAACAGCAGACUACCGUUGAAAGCAUCCUCCCCAGGAGCGUGUGGUUUAAGACUGAGACCACUGGAUCGUUUUUCAGUUUUUUUAGACGCCUUGGAGAUAUGAGCAAAUCACAGAACAACAAAGAAACUGCUCCUAAAGGCACAGAUUCCAGCGUGUAGGCUUUGAAAAUAUUCAGAAACGAUAAAAAACGGUUGUCCUAAUUUAAAUCUACUGUAACUGAUCUGUUACCUAAUUAGAGUUAAACAUAGUGAUUAAUCACUUGUUAUCUCAUGGUUACAGUGUAGAAUUUCUAUUUUUUUUUAAUCUGAUAGAAAGUUAAAGAUUGAAAGGAAGGAUGAGAGGAAAGUGUGAACAUUUGUUUGGGGGAAUGUUUUAUUAAGAGAAGGUGUUUUGCAUGUUUUACCACUAGAUGGCAAGAGUUGACAGUAAGUGAGGUGAUCGUAGAGGCGCUGAGACUUUGCAGGCAGUUUGUAAGUUGAGUAUGGCUCAACAAAAGAUGGACACGCAUACUGUAAGACAUUUGCAUUCAUUUUCCGUCAAAUCUUGGAAUAACAAUUUCACUCUACAUAUUUACGUGUAGUAGGACGACUUAGAAAAUGCUUACAUUGUGUGUACUUGGAUUGGAAUGCAUUACCGAACAGAGAGUACAGAGAAAGUGCUGAGGGUGUUAAGAGUUAGAACAAAAAUGCAUUAACGUUUUUACUUGUUUUAAUUUUUCAGUAGUACUUGCGCGUAAUGCAUGUUUGUUUACAGUUGGGCUAAUUUUGCUUUGUGAAAUAACAAAUUUAUUUGUGCGCUCUGGUUUGUCUGGUUCCCAGCCUUGUUGGAGCAGAGCAGCAGACGCUCGCCGUUGCUCACAGUCACGCUGAAUUCAGCUAUUGUUUUUUUUUUUACGUGAAAUGGGUCAGUGUUACAAAGGCUGUGUGUAUCUGAGCAGAGCUGAAUGAGGGGCAGCAUUGGUCAAAAGAAAGAAUGCCGAUUUGAACUUGAGAAGAUAUGUUUCAUAUGGUUAAAAGACACUUUAUUAUACACUUCACCUGGAUGCACCUCCAUGUCCACCUUUCAUUUGGAAAAGAGGCAAAGGCUUACGGAGGCCCCGGCUUAUGCGAUAUGCAUAAGAUGUGGGAAUCUCUUAGCAUUUGACCAAGAUUAUGCAACUGGUUUAUUACAUAAUUUACCAGUUGCAGUUAUGAGCCACAAUGAUGUAAUGGGAAUUAUCUAAUAUUUGGGAUCAUCAGCCUGAAUGCUGUUACUGUUUCUUUGCAAUAGCAUAUUUAAAUGACUGAGAUGUAUUAACUGUCAAAUGAUAGAAAGAAAAGGAACUUUGUGACUUAGGUCGUGUGUUGUCAGUUUGUUACAUGUAAAACUAUCACUAUGUAGGAAUAGACAAAUUGAUCAAAAACGAUUUGCAUGCUUAAAUAAACAGCAAUGGUGUUUAGUAUCAAACUAAGGGUAUUUAUGUAUAUUUACAUUCAAAAACUCCAUACAGAUUUGUACAGCCUUAAUUAUUGUUUUGUUGUGCAGUUAUUUAAUAGUAGUAUAAUAUUAUGUGAUAAUUUGUUUUUCGAAUUGUGUUUGAUUUAUUAAAAAUAAGUAAACAGUUGGUCACCAA